AUGCGAUGGCUCACUUCGCUCGCGGGCUAUGUAGCCCCGAUCUUCCUGAUCCUGUCGCCUGUUCUAUCUUAUAGCGACCAGGCGAUGUCUAUGCACCGCAACAAGUCGAGCGCCGGCUUCUCCCUGGACAUACCUCUAAUCAUGCUCAUCGCAUCCAUGUUCAGGAUAUUCUACUACCCUGGCGCCCGGUUCGACACGGCACUGCUCAUACAAUCCUUCCUGAUGGUAAUAAUGCAGCUGUUGCUGUUGAAGAUAGCACUGGAUCAUCGGCCCGGCCCAGCAUCCAAGGGUGGGGACGCAGCGACCCCGUUUGCUGGGGCAAAGGAAGGCUUCUUUGAAAAGCAGCGCCCAUACCAGUUCUGGCAGUGGCGGUCGCCGAAACCAUACUGGCAAUUCCUGCUCUGGCUUUUCAUCAUCCUCACGGCCCUCGAGCUGGCUCUUGCGCCGUUCAGCGGCCUCUACGCCUCGUACUCCGUGCUGCUUGGGUACGUUGGUCUCUCGGUCGAGGCGACGCUCCCGCUGCCCCAGAUAUUCGCAAACGCGCGCUCCCGGUCUUGCAAGGGAUUCCGAGUCUCGGUUCUUGCCAGCUGGCUUGCCGGUGAUGCGAUGAAGAUGUUCUGGUUCUUCACGUCGGUGACUGAAAUACCCUGGGCAUUCAAGCUGUGUGGCAUGUUCCAGGCGGGUUGUGAUGCUUUCCUGGGGGUACAGUACCUCAUGUAUGGGUCCGGGGAAGGUAAGCUGAAGGACGAGGGUAUGCCGGAGUGGAACGACGAGAAGAAAAGCAUGGCAGUCCCAAGUGGAUUGCAGAGUGGUCGCCGAACGCCUUUUGAGAAACCAUUGUGA